AUGUCUACCCACGUCAACAACAUAGAAAUCAACAUGAAUGCGGACUCACAAGCCGUUUCCCUGUCCCAGAACAUCGGUUCCAUAAACGUAUCCAACACAAUCCCCGAAAGCAUCACGCAACUCCCCGACGCACUCAUGGAAGACUUUGACAAGGCCAUGGCCUGGUUCGCGCAGAACGAGCAGGCUAUGCAGGACCUGGAUAUUCCCGAGUAUACGGGGCCUCAGAUGCCCGGUGUGCAGGCGUUCAUGGACGCCAAGGCGUCGAAGACCACCGGGAUGGUGGAAACGGCCGCUCCAACCACGGGAGGACCGCUGAUUACAUACGAUAUGACCACGGGGACUCACUGGCUGGGCAAUACUGCAGAGGGCGAGAUACUGGUCAAUAGGAUGAGUUCUCUGCCCCCGGCCACUAACGUUGACAUGCAGCAGGCUCCCUCUACAGAUCAAUUCUCGAAUAUCGGGGUGGCCAUCGCUGGAGCUGGGACAACGGAUUCGGUGGGCGUCAUGGCCUCCAACAUGCAUGCUUUCUGGCAAGAUCGGCUCGUUGAUGUUCCUACACCUGAUCCGAACAGAAACGUGCAGGUAUUCAUGCAGAAGGGGUUUGUCGUAGGCACUGCCAUCCCUGGUGACGCAAACCAGACCAUGAACAUCGACGUCUUUCCCACCUCUCAAACCCAAGGUGCAGCCAUGCCCCCAGUGGACAACCCGACCUGGCAGCAGAACAACACCGGAAACUUCCAGCCACUCCAGACCACAGUCGAACCAAGCGUGAGUACAUCCCCCGCCUCCACUGCGACCACCGAGACCUCCACAGCAUCAUCCGCAGCCACUGAAUUUUCAGAAGACUCCGACUCCGACAUGGAACUAGGUGAUAGUGACUCCGCCAACGCAGAACGCACCAUCCGCUUCUUACCCCCGCUCCUCCCAGAGCACAUGGAGAACGGACUCUACGAGCAGCUGUUGCAGCACGAACACGACGUCGCAGUCACCGAGAGAGAACUGAAUAAUGCUCGAACUGAGGCUAACCAGGUCGUGGAAUAUGUCCAGGGUGAACUUGCUACUGCACAAGGCGAAGUUGCGCAACUUCGAGAGGAGCAGGCUCAACUUGCGAGGGAGCUGAGAGAUGCAAAGGACACGCUUACGAGGGCGACGAUGGAUAGGUUGAGGAAGGAGAGGGAUAUGCUUGAUCGGACGCUGGCGGAUCUCGAGAGGUUCCAGGCUCAAGCGAGGGAGCUGGAGGAGGUCCAGGAGAAGGCCAGGGUCUUGGAGGCUGAGAAGAAUGCUUUGCAGGCUCGCCUUGGGUCCAGGUAG